AUGCCUACUGAGACUGUCAUGGAUAUUAUCAAAAUCAUUCAAGAGGUUCUGGACGGCACGGCAACACGAGAAAUGGCAGCCAUAAAACUUUUGAAAUUUGAUUCUACCGUCAAAAACAUAUACAAAUUUGCCAAAGCAAUAGCAGAAUUGAUAAAGAAUCUCCCUCGUAUGUCCUUAGCAGAGGACUCCAAUGAAAUGGAACUCUGCUCUCGUUUUGUUGAUCCGUUUUUAUCUGGACUGUUUGAUGAUCCUGAUCAAAAUAUAUUUUUACGAUGGACGAAUGAAACAACCUUGGAAGCCAAAAACGAACAAAGCUUGUUGAACUGGAGGCCUGACCUUUGUGUCACAAGAUUGCAAGUUGGAGCCACAGAGCAUCAUCCACUGAUCGAAAAACACUCCGGUUGCCCGUCUUGCAUUGCUCAUUUCAAGGAAUUAAAAGAUUUUAAAGAAUACGUUGUGAAUAACCAUCCUCAAGCCAUGCCGUUACAGUCAAGGCAAAAAGGUGACAAUGAUCAGCUCACGCAAGAAAACAGUGAUAAUGAAAGUGAAUCGCCUAGUAGGAAACGGCCUUUCGAAGACGAUGCCAAAUCAUUGGUCUCGAUAUGUCUGUCAUUUUCACCACCUGACGAUAAUGACCAUCUCUUGAUCCACGCCUUCGACGCAGCAGAUGCCUUUUAUAAACUACAGCAAUCAUUACAAACACAAAAAUGGAAACUCUCUCUUGAAGACCACAUUCACUAUGCUUUGGCUUGUACUUCGAUACUGCUUUUAUCACCAAACAAAUGCCCUGAUGACCUUCUUCCUUUUUUUUUUUUUUUUUUUGACAUACACAGCUUGACAGCCACCAUUAACCAUAUCGAAACUAUUUACAACAUUAACAAACCACCUAUGCCUACUGAGACUGUCAUGGAUAUUAUCAAAAUCAUUCAAGAGGUUCCGGACGGGACGGCAACACGAGAAAUGGCAGCCAUAAAACUCUUGAAAUUUGAUCCUACCGUCAAAAACAUAUACAAAUUUGCCAAAGCAAUAGCAGAAUUGAUAAAGAAUCUCCCUCGUAUGUCCUUAGCAGAGGACUCCAAUGAAAUGGAACUCUGCUCUCGUUUUGUUGAUCCGUUUUUAUCUGGACUGUUUGAUGAUCCUGAUCAAAAUAUAUUUUUACGAUGGACGAAUGAAACAACCUUAGAAGCCAAAAACGAACAAAGCUUGUUGAACUGGAGGCCUGACCUUUGUGUCACAAGAUUGCAAGGUUUUGGAGAGGCUAAACCGGCUUGCCAAGAAUCCAAUCUCUAUGUAAUAUGCCGAGAUCUUUUACGGGUUGCAACGUUCUGCAAAGACGCAUUGGAUACACAAAAGAUGGUAGGAGUCCUUGGAUUACAAAUCGUUGGCAGAACCAUCACUUUUUAUGUCUUAGUCUUACCUUCGAGCGGUUUAUAUGUCAUGUACGAAAUUACCAAAGUUCAGAUACCAGAUUCUUUGCAUGAUUUAUCGAAGCUUGUUAUGGACAUCUCUAACUUGUUGCUUGUGCUCGACACAUUCGACAGAGUUUGCAUACCCUCCACUGAUUCCCCACCCCUCGAACGACAUCGCCCGACUAUCAUCAGCUCCACCUUGGACCAGUUGUUUUUAUCAUCCCAAAAUCGAAAACGCCCUUGUCAUCUGAAACAUCAACAUAAUUAGUUUAUAAUAAAGUAGUUAAUUGUAUAAGGUAAUCUAGUUCUUUUUAGAACUAAGACGUCGGUCGCAUGAAUCGUGUGGAUAAUUAGACGAUUAGGAAUAAAUAUCACUG